AUGCUUCAUGCAAGAGGUUACGAGGUUCUUCACCACAUCGAUGGAACGGAUCCUCCGACAGACACGAAUCCAGAGUAUGCCUCAUGGGCCAAGAUCGACUCCAUCGUGUUGCAGUGGAUAUAUGGAACGUUGUCUGAUGAUCUUCUCGUCCGCGUCCUCGAGACUAACACUAUGGCUAGGGACACAUUGGUUCGUUUACAAGGUGUUUUUCUAAACAAUAAAGGCUCUCGUGUAGCCACUCUUGAGCACGCCUUCACCAAUCACAAAUUGUCAGCAUGUUCUUCUCUAGACGAGUACUGCACCAAGCUCAAGGAAAUCGGUGAACAACUGAAAGAUGUUGAUCAGCCCAUACCUGAAUCUCGUUUGGUACUCCAACUGGGUCGCGGCCUACCUCCUGAAUAUUCGGUGACCACGCGCUAA